AUGCGUAGAAUCAAGCCACACCCUGCACUUUCCCUUGAAGUACGUAGUGCACAGGCUACUGCACCUGCCGGAAAUAAAGAUGUGUCGUCAGCUAGGUGUGAAGGCAACGUAUACAUGUACCAAAUGGCCGUAUCGAAUGUUUUGUCUACGUUGCGAAGGCAUCUACAACCCCUUGCUCAAUAUGAUCCGUUCCGCUCCAACAUACGUCACGUCUCCGUGACAGCUCGUCGGAUACCGCUGAGAGUGACGUCAGACGACCUAAACUGGUUAGCGAGGGAGCAGGGAUUUGCCUCGUAUCCUUCCGGUUCUGCGAGUGGUUCGGACCUGUUCUACAGCAGGUUCCGCGGCACCAGGCGACCAGACCGCGUGACACGACGCAAAGAGGUGAUGGAGGUGAGCGGAGAGUCUUGGCGUGCAUAUUACUCGAGCGCUGCAGAGCACCCACUGAGUGCGGCCACAUCAGCUGUACUAGGCGCCAUGGACGAUUCUCAGCAGCAGCCGAUUGAGUACUACAAGUUGCCGGCGCUGACACAUGAGACGCAUCUCACCUUGCAUAAAGAUGCCAAGCUUGUAGAUGUCUGGCCGGCCGGCGGAGCGCUGAAGGCAGCCAAUGGCGCGCACGGGGCGGAGCUGGCCGAGCUAUCGGGCCUGCUCCACGCGGGGCUCGUGAAGCGCGAGCCCGAGGACCUCAGCCGCAAGGUGGUCGACGAGCCCGAGCCGCACGCGCUCAAGCCGCCGCGACACAAGGUGGCGGUCGGCGAGCCUGGCGAAGCGGCUUCGCCCUCUCCGGUGCCAUCGCGGGCCUCCUCGGCCGGCUCCCUGCUGCCAGACGCGGCUAUGUACGCCGCCCAGAUGUUUGCGCCACCAGGCACCCCCAGUCCCACCCCGUAUGGCGACCAGUACUCCAGGCAGCCGUCCACUUUUACCGGCGAGCCUUACUAUAGAGAGUACUUCGUCGGGGAAAGUUACCAGCAAAGAGCAGCGCCUCCUUAUGCAGAUGCAGAACCUGCCUCAGCUUCCGCCUUUAGUGAUCGAUACGCGACACCUCGCUAUCACAGCAAGAGUGUGAUCGCGGCCGCUGGGCUCACAGUGGACCUGCCCUCACCAGAUAGCGGCAUUGGAGCAGAUGCAGUCACUCCCCGAGACCACACAUCCACUGUUCAGCAGUCUUUUGACUACACGGUGAUAUGCCAGCAACCUGGUGUCGGUGAAGAUGGGCGAGGAACGCCGUCGGCCCACCACUCGCCCGCGCAGACCCCGCGUACUCGCCCGUGGCACGACUUCGGCAGACAAAACGAUGCAGACAAGAUACAAAUCGCCAAAUUGUUUUCCCCGUAUGGCUUCAAGUACCACCUGGAGACCGCGAGCAGCAGUUCGCAAAGACGCGAAGAUGAUCGGAUUACUUACAUCAAUAAAGGACAGUUCUACGGGAUUACAUUGGAAUACAUACACGAUCCCGAUAAACCUCUCAAGAAUCAAACCGUAAAGAGUGUCGUAAUGUUAAUGUUUAGAGAAGAAAAAUCUCCCGAGGAUGAAAUCAAAGCAUGGCAGUUUUGGCACGGUAGACAACACUCUGUCAAGCAGAGGAUACUAGACGCAGACACGAAAAACAGCAUCGGUCUGGCAGGCUGCAUCGAGGAAGUGGCACAUAACGCCAUCGCCGUCUACUGGAAUCCACUUGAGAGCGCCGCCAAGAUAAACAUCGCUGUUCAAUGCCUUAGUACAGACUUCAGCAGUCAAAAAGGAGUGAAGGGAUUACCACUACACAUACAGAUUGACACGUUUGAAGACCCGAGAGACACGCAGGUCUAUCACAGAGGUUACUGUCAGAUUAAGGUGUUCUGUGAUAAGGGAGCUGAAAGAAAAACAAGAGAUGAAGAAAGAAGAGCGGCGAAGAGAAAAAUGUCAGCCACAAAUAGAAAGAAGCUUGACGAAAUCUAUCAUCCUGUAACAGAGCGCAGCGAGUUUUACACGAUGGCAGACCUGGCGAAACCUCCCGUUCUAUUUAGUCCUGCGGAAGACAUUGACAAGCUUGCUGGAAUGGACAUACAGGGCUUCUAUGGACACGACGAAUCAGCACUCGCAGAAGCGCAUCUUAAAGGCGCAUCACCAUUCCUAUUGCAUGCGGCGAAGCCUCAAGCACCAGCACUCAAAUUUCACAACCACUUCCCACCAGAUGCACCCGGGUAUCGAGAAGUGGGGGGACUGUCCCCGUAUAGCGACCGCAAGGACUCACUAGAUCUGGAGCUCGGGAAGCGUGCGCGAAUGAGCACACCGCCACUCAGCGAGCGCGUGAUGCUAUACGUGCGCCAGGACACCGAGGACGUGUACACCGCUCUGCACGUCGUGCCACCCACCACGCAGGGACUCCUGCAUGCGAUUGAGAAUAAGUACAAAAUUUCAAGUUCGGCAAUUAAUAAUCUUUAUCGAAAGAACAAGAAAGGGAUUACGGCCAAAAUUGACGAUGAAAUGUUGGCGUAUUAUUGCAAUGAGGAUAUGUUCCUGCUGGAGGUGAGGCCGGCGGGGGCCAGCGACGACGAGCGACUGUAUGACAUCACGUUUGUAGAGUUGCCGCUCGACCCCUAG